AUGAAGCAAUCUGGCAGUAGUAAGAAGCCUUUAGGAGGAAGUGAUGAGGAGAAGGAUACAGGAAAAGGUCUCAAAAGGACGCUUACAUUGACUAAUUGCGUAACUAUGAUUGUCGGCUGCAUCAUAGGAUCGGGCAUCUUUGUCAGUCCUACAGGGAUACAGGAAGCUGCUGGCUCUGUUGGUUCCUCGCUCAUAAUGUGGGUUCUAUGUGGUGUAUGGUGCGGUCUUGGAUCUUAUAUGUAUGCUGAGCUGGGUACCUUAAUCACAAAGUCUGGUGGCGAUUAUGCAUACAUCAUGGAAGCUUUUGGCCCAUUUCUUGCUUUUCUUCGUCUAUGGAUAGAAAGCAUAGUUGUAAGGUGCGUUCAUGUUUAA